AUGAAGACGUUGACCUAUUUUUCAGUUUUUCUCUUGGUCGUAAUGGCCCGUCUUGCUGCUUCUACGGUAGAGGAUAGGAGUGUUUACAUAGCUAUUCCUAGCGAUGGUGAUUACACAUGUUGCAGUAAUAUGAUUGGCCCGCAGCUAGCCAGUCUCACGUUUUCAUUAGGCAAACUAUCAUCAACCACAAGCAUAUCGUCAGCAAAUGGUAACAUAACGUCGCCGGAUCACCUCACUUUGUCGUAUCUAUCUAACAAUCAGCCAAUAGCAUACAUCGUCCCCCAGUCCGGUAUCGCAUCCUUACGCAGUGGUAAUAAAAACGUUGCCAACUCGGUUAAGUGUAAUGUCUGGAUUGGAAACUGUUUACUAAACGUAAAACGAGUUCUUGCUAAUGAGAGCAUCUGUGCGUGGAUCUACAAUCCAACAUUUAAGCCAAUGAGCCUUAAUAUAGAGAGUAGGUUCUCUGAUGAUCCAAACACUGGGGGUCUUUCGACCAGUAGUGGAAGUAGCUUGAUAAACGUGUUUACCAAUGGCAUAAGCGGAAGUGGAGCAUUUCUAAUUAGUUUUCUGUCGUUUUGUAUUGCUAUAUUUUAUGGAAUUUAA